CGCUGGGGGGCGCUGUGCGCGGCUCCGCUCGGCGCUCGGCUCUCGGCUCUCCCUCCAUAUUGCGCGAUGGCGGAGGACAGCGAGUCGGCGGCCAGUCAGCAGAGCCUGGAGCUGGACGAUCACGACACCUGCGGCAUCGACGGCGACAACGAGGAGGAGAACGAGCAGACACACAGAAGUCCUGGAGGGGAUGCUGGAGCUAGAAAGAAGAAGAAAAAGCAGAAAAGGAAGAAGGAGAAGCCGAACUCUGCUGGAACCAAAUCAGAUUCUGCUUCAGACUCACAGGAAAUCAAAGCUCAGCAGCCACCUUCAAAAAACCCCUCUGUUCCAAUGCAGAAACUUCAGGACAUUCAGAGAGCCAUGGAGCUGCUCACAGCAUGCCAGGGCCCUGCCAAGAACCUAGAGGAGGCGAGUCAACACAGAUAUCACUUCUGGGACACCCAACCGGUACCCAAACUUAAUGAAGUUGUGACAACUCAUGGUUCCAUUGAACAGGAUAAAGAAAAUAUCCGCCAGGAACCAUAUUCUUUACCUCAGGGCUUCACUUGGGACACUCUGGAUUUGGGCAGUUCUGAAGAGCUAAAAGAACUAUACACAUUGCUAAAUGAGAAUUAUGUGGAAGAUGAUGAGAAUAUGUUUAGGUUUGAUUAUUCUCCUCACUUCUUACAGUGGGCUCUUCGUCCACCAGGCUGGUUAUCACAGUGGCACUGUGGAGUCCGAGUAUCUUCAAACAGAAAACUAGUUGGCUUCAUUAGUGCCAUUCCCGCCAAUAUCCGUAUUUAUGAGAUUGAAAAGAAGAUGGUGGAGAUCAAUUUUCUGUGUGUCCACAAGAAACUGCGAUCCAAACGUGUUGCACCAGUUUUGAUUCGUGAGAUUACCCGAAGAGUAAAUUUACAAGGGAUCUUUCAGGCAGUGUACACAGCAGGAGUAAUUCUGCCAAAGCCUGUAGCCACAUGCAGAUGCUGUUGCUGUAUUCCAAGGUAUUGGCAUCGAUCGCUAAACCCCAGGAAGCUAGUGGAAGUGAAGUUCUCUCAUCUCAGCAGAAAUAUGACUUUACAGAGAACCAUGAAGCUCUACAGGUUACCAGACACCCCCAAAACAGCAGGUUUGAGGCCAAUGGAGCAAAAGGAUAUAACACGGGUACAAGAGCUACUUCUAAAUUAUCUCAAGCAGUUUGAGCUUGCACCAGUGAUGAGUGAGGAAGAGGUUACCCACUGGUUCCUGCCACAGGAGAACAUUAUUGACACUUAUGUGGUAGAGGGUCCUGAUGGUGUGGUGACGGAUUUUGUGAGCUUUUACACUCUACCUUCCACAGUUGUGCAUCAUCCUGUUCAUAAGAAUCUUAAGGCUGCCUAUUCCUUCUAUAACGUUCACACUGAGACCCCACUCCUCGACCUUAUGAAUGAUGCACUAAUAAUUGCAAAAUCGAAAGGAUUUGACGUAUUGAAUGCACUCGACCUAAUGGAAAAUAAAACAUUCCUAGAAAAGCUGAAGUUUGGUAUGGGUGAUGGCAAUUUACAGUACUAUUUGUACAAUUGGAGGUGCCCAGAUAUGGAACCUGAAAAGGUUGGUUUAGUGUUGCAGUAGAACUCACAACACCACUUUCAUAGAAGCCAAUUGCGUCUCGGGGUCCAAAAUCAUGCCUUCGUUUGACCAAUGACCACAAUCUACCAGCUCAACACGGAUUGCUGUGGAAGAAUGAGCUUGUAAUUCCAGUUUUGUGUCGCUUUCAACAGAAUGGAGGCCAUCGAAUUUUUUUUAGAAUUUGGUUUUGUUGUGCAGUGAAAAGUGUUGCAUAAUUAUAUGGUAUGUUGUUGGGAAUCUAAACCAUUGAGAAAAAUGUUAUCUUUUAACCAUUAGCAACCUGCAUAAAAAUUCUCAUAAAAUGCCUGAGGCAGCGAUUCGUACAUAAUUCUUUUUUUCAUUCAAUGAAGUGGAUCUAUAUUUAGAUUUUCAUGAAGAAUAUUUGCUGCUACCUUAGGUAGUAAGGAACUGAAGAUUGUUUUUCCUGGAUGUUGAUGGUUUGGUUUGAUCUUUUAUACAAAUGAAGUGCAGUAAUUAAUCGUAUGAAGGAAACAAUGUUACUGAUGACUGAUGUAUCUGCUAGGUGGUCUUGUACUGCCAGGCAGAUUUAUAUUUAUUGACCAGUGUUUUGUAAGUGUUUACUAUUGGAACAGUGAAGGACCUAUGGUACAAACUGACUGACUAAUUUUUACCUGAUUUAUGUCAUGUGCAAGACAGUGAAGGAUUUUUUUCAAUAUUGCAGGGCUGUAAAUGACAAAAUGUACUACUUUGCCUGCAGCAGAAAUAAAUUGCAAAAGUGUCCCACUAUUCUGUACGGCGCCCUUGAUGUCAACAAUGCAAUCUGGCUGCUAUUAGACAGUGUUUAUGGCUUAUUGGUAGAGGGGCUGCUGCUUUGCCCACUUUUUUUUAUGUAAGGCUGAGACAAAGCUUUAUUUGUCGCCGUUAGUUUUUAAAGCUUUUUUUUAAAAAAAGAAAACAAAGCCACCUGGCGUGGCCUGGUAGCACAGUGGUAAAAAGCGCUUGCUUUACAAUUCAGAGAUCAGGAAUUCUGGUCCUGGGGCAGUUUGACGCGUCAACUGCUGGCCCUGGUUGUGGCUAAUUGUCUCAGUUCUUGGCCAGGACACAAUUGGAGCACUUGCAUUGAUGGCAAUUACAGAGGUGUCUAGUGCCUGGAAUACCACCUAAAGGACAACUGCAUGUCGAAGCACCAAAUGUGGGGACAAAGAUGUAAAUUUCAAAACUGAAAUAAUGAGAAACUAGCUUUCUUCUGCCAAAUAUUGUUGUAUUUUCAUCCUCGGCAUGUGGACAUCCAGGUAUUUCUGUUUCUUUGGAUAUCUGGGUACUGAGUCCUGGUGUGUAUGUUUUGAUUUUGGGGUGUUUCUUGAGCACAGAACUGCACAUACCUGAUGAUAAACAAAAUCAAAGGGAGAUACUUUUUGUUUGCUUUUAUAUUGAAGAAAACAUGAAAGCUGAAAAUAAAUUUUGUUCUAUGUUGUGUUUUGCACAAAAUGUGUAAGAGGAAGGAUCUGGGGCUUGCUUGUUAAAGCAUGUUUAGCUAUCCAGCAACUCAAAACUUUGACUGUUCAAGCAGCAGGUUGAAGUUUACUAUUACUGCUAUGCCUGCUUCAUUGAAAAGGUCCCAAACAAGAAAGGGAGAUUGCAAGCCAACAUCCAUUCCUAAAUCUGCUCUGGAACCAAGGACCAGCACUGGAUAUGUGUUUUCUGGAGGAAGGAUGUACUUUUGAAUUUAAAUGUUUUUAGGAUCAUCAGCAUGGCAGUUUGAUGUCUGAAUUAAUAAAAUCAUUACAACUUUGUUAUUACUUUUGCAUAGUUUAAUUACCUUUGGAUUAUGUGCUGUGUUUGGUACUUUAAUGGUGUAGCAUGAAUAUCUAAAUGUAUAAUAAACACCUAACCCUUUAAUUUUUUUUACAGGUAAUUAUUUUUUCAUCCCCUUCUUCUAGGUCUUUGUACUUAGACCCUGGUUGAGAGGAUAGAGAAUUGCUCUGCCAAUGCUGAUCUGUGAGCAGUGUGAGGAUUACAUUUCCGUUGACACUUUUUCAUCUACCACUGUGGGGGCCAGUCUAGUCUCCAUUCUUUGUCUCCCCUAAUAAAACUGGAAAUCUAUGGUGGAGAUGAAAAAUUGUGGGCUUAAACGUGCAUCCUAUUCACACCUGUCUGUUAGAGCUCCAGCAUGCUGCAUUGCCCAUAAAAUAAAUGCACUAUUUAAAGGUAGCACAAAGUAUUCACUGUAUGCGAGUGUCUGCAUUUGUAUCACAAAGGAGUUAGAUUAAUUUUAUUAAUGAUACCAGAAAAUGAAACUAUUGAAAAUGAAUACAACUAUAAUUGAGUAAUGUAAACAGUUUAAAAAGCAACCAAAAUACCUCCCCAGAUUGGCUCAUUUAUUAAGUUUGCACCAUGGAGCCAGAGGGGGUGGCAAGUGGAGAGAAUUAGAAUAGGAUCUAAUUUGUGCUUGGACUUUUUUCAGAUGUUCCUGACUUUCCACCUUUACAAUAGCCAUUUUGCAAAACUCACAAGUUAAAACAGAUUUUUUAGAAAAUUCUCAAACUGAAAAUUGCAAUUAGUGUAUCAAAUCCAGUUCGGAAUGUGGCAAAUUAGACCCCGUGUUGUUCACAAUUUUCUUGCAUGAAAGAUCAGGAAGGCCACACACUCCAGAUACUCAUCCAGUGACACUUUCCCAUUUUUCUCCCUCCACCUUCCCACUGGAAAAUCACAGCUGUGAAGAUUGGGCUUGUGAAUUCACUGCAGGUGAAUAGCAUGUCCACACUGCUGGGUUCACACAUGGAAGAAUAGUCACUUGGGCAAGACUUGAGGGUAUUUGUGGAGCAAUGGCUCUGUCUUCAGGAAAGAAUAUUGGAUGGGGUUGUAUGUAGUAUGGACAAGUGGGAAAACAAAAUAAUGUUUACAGAUUAGGAUGAUGAACCUCCGGUAACAUACCUUGAAGCCUAUGAAGAAAUGAAACCAACUCGAGCGGCUUUACAGUAGCUUGCAAAAGAUAUUUUGUGAGAAAAAACACAACUUUGAGUAAUAAAAUGGUAUAAAUAAUUUCAGAUUGAGCCACGAAAGUAUAAUGUGAAUCUUCAUUUGAAGCAAUUGUUUUGACCCUGAUAAUCCAUUCAAAGCUGGUAUUUGCUUUCUGUGAAUGUUGAGUGUGAAACUUGACAGGUGUUCAACAAAACCUGGUCAUUAUUGAGCAGCUACUGUAUAAUACUUUUCAUAUGGGUGAAUACAUGAAUUGUAAAUUUAACAAAUGUACUGUAAAAAAUAAAACCAUAUGUUAAAACAGUGCUGGAAGAAAUUAUAUUUGAUGAAGCAGUUCCUCAUAUAGGGUUUUGUGUCAAAUACACAACUAACUAAAGUGUAGACUAAAAGCUAUAGUAGCCUAGGUUGUGGCACUCUAUACUGAUCAUUAAACGUUUUAAUUACUUGAUGUAUGUCACCAUCAGCUGUCCUGACGUGCUGAAGCUUUCCUCUUUCAAAUCUAUUUACUAAAAUAUUUCUCUGGAUUUUGGAUUACACCUUUCUAAUUGUUUUUAAUUGUCUUCCAAUAUGACUUUAUCCAGCUAAUUUUUAUGGUAAAUAACUGUCUAGAAAAUAUACCCGCAAAAGUAAUUACACUCAGACACCAGGGUAACUGGCCUCAUCUGAUGAGGCACGUUAAAAUAAGUGACCAAUUUAACAGGGACACAUGCCAAUUGUCCACUUUAGUUUAUGAUUUUCAAACUUCGCUGUUAACAUACCUUUAAAAACAUGCACAUGUAUAAGUACUGUACAUUGCUGUUACCUAAAGAAAAAUGUGUAGACUGAGCAUGACUUGUGCACUUACAAAACCAACCACCUUCCAUUUCUUUGAUCAGAAAUGGGCAGUGAGAGGAAUCUGAGUUGAGGCCAUUUAAAAUAAUUUGGGAGUGUGAUGCUGCAGGUGCAGAACAUCAGGAAAAUCUGUACAUAGUGUAUGAACACAAAGAUCAUAGGAGAUAGAAUUACCUUGUGUUAUUUGUAUGAAUAUGAUUUGGUGUAAUUCCGUCUUUCGCAGUGAAAUAAAAUCAGUCCGAUGCAAUAGAGGUCUGGGUUGGGAGGGGAUUAUGUGAAUUUCUUUGAUGAGCAGCUAUACAUGUCUGGUUGGUAUUAAAUAAGAUGAAGUGCA